UUUCAGAUCGACAAUGUCUCGGACUGCCAUUGCCUUCGUGCUGCUCUACAUCUGUCAGGUGCUUGUCGCUGGACAGACGAAAACCUGUGACUCCUGUAAAAUAGCUUUCAUAGCUGAGAGGACCAGUACUGUGUCGGUGGGAGAUAGGUGCAGGACACUUAAAAACUACGUGUCCUGUCUAACCUACACGACGAAACAGGCCACCGGAUGUCCCCUCAGCAACACCGACAUCAACAACAUCUACGACUAUCGGAAUGCUAUGCCGUACCAAUCGUGUUUUGCAAGCGACACCUGUCAGUGCCAGAUCAACAGAUGGACGGACACCAGCUCGUAUGACCAGAAGAAGUACAUGAAGUACCUAGGUUGUCUGUACGACUCUGUACAGGCGGGAUGUGAUGGUUCACCAGUAGCGUCUGUCAUAGCAACGGCACAGCUGGAGAGGUCCGAGUACAUAACUCCCAGGAACGAGUGCGACUCGACUUUCCAAAACUACCACUCCUGGAAUCCCACCUACAACUGCGAGUCCUUCCAGAGGUACAUGAAGUGUCUGGCGUACUCCGCCACUGAUGGUCAAGGCAUUCCUGCUAACCAGACUCUACAGACAUCUCUCGACGCCAUUGACGGCUGUGAAAUCUCCAUGACAGACACGUGCACAUGCCAGACACAUUUCAUUAUGCCAGCAAACAGCUCCGACAGUUGUGGAGUUGUGAAGGACUACGUCGCCUGUCUGAGCAACAGCUACAUGAAGGGUUGCGACCGGGAAAACAUCGACGACGUCAAGAAAACAGCUUUCAUACUUCAAAGCCAGUAUUGCACGAAUGACUCCCUCUACGACUGUGACGGUGCAGCUUUGUGUUACAUCAACAUGUCCAAUAUAAGCAAGGAAGACGAUUCACUGCGGCUAUCUUCAUGCAGUUCCAUCAAGACCUACAUGAACUGCACGAAAACCCAUGCGCCCACGUGCCAGGCAGCUCUCAGCACCGUCAACAGUCUCAACUCCACCUACAGAGGCUACAGCUGUGACUACUACCUGGCUCAGGCCAACACAACGCCUUACCCAACCAGCACCUAUUAUUAUCCGACCAGCAGCUAUUACUAUCCGACCAGCAGCUAUUACUAUCCGACCAGCAGCUAUUACUAUCCAACCAGCAGCUAUUACUAUCCGACCAGCAGCUAUUACUAUCCUUCCACUACUGCUAGCUACUAUUUUCCAUCAACAACUUACCCAGCAACCGGUCAUAGUUCCGGUCAGGUUGACGCUACCCUCCUGUCGACGUACAUCCUGGCGGCCAAGAUGGAGGCUGAGGAGACGUUGCAUGCCGCCCAGGAGACCGUGGACGCCAUUGUCGCCGCCCAGCAACUUGUCCAGUAAGACAGGUCCUAGUCACACUGUAACUGUAACAUGGGCUGAAUAAACUCAGACUGGUU